GUUUUCCCUCGACAUUAAUGGCGGCUUCAGCUGGCCUCCCCCCAGCCCUCCCUCCUCUUUUGGUGGCCGUCUGCUGUUUUCUCUUUCCGAUCUUCGUCGGCGGCGAAAUCGAGUACAUUUCAGCAGUGGGAGACCCCGGGAUGAGAAGAGACGGUCUGAGGCUUGCUCUGGAGGCCUGGAACUUCUGCAAUGAGGUCGGCGCAGAGGCCCCCGGAAUGGGCAGCCCCCGCGUGGCCGAUUGCUUCGACAUCGACGCUGGCGGAAACGUGUCGCACAGGGUGACCGAGAAAGACAACAAGCUCAGCGUCGGCGAUCCCUUCCACGGAGCUUCGCUCCAAUGCAUCAAGAACGUCGACCUCUACGCCGCAGAGAAGGAGAUCUUCCUGGGGUCGAAGUGCGAGGUGGACGACGUCCCCGCGCCGUGGCAGUUCUGGAUGGUCAUGCUCAAGAACGGAAAUUUGGACACCUCUGCGGGCCUCUGCCCGGACAACGGCAAGAAGAUCGGACCUUUCCCGCCUGAGAAAAGGUUUCCGUGCUUUGGCAAAGGGUGCAUGAACCAGCCGCUGGUGUUCCACAACUACACUUCCUUGCAAGGGACCAAGCUCUGGGGCAGAUUCUUCGGGACCUAUGAUCUCGACGGAGCUUCCAAAUUGGGGAAGCACGACAUAUCGUUCUUCUCCGUGACAUGGGAGAAGGAAAUGGGGAAGGGCGGCUGGACCUUUCACCAUGUUCUCAGAACCACCAAGAAGUACCCAUGGCUCAUGCUCUACCAGCGAUCUGAUGCCACGAGGGGAUUCUCUGGCGGCUAUCACUAUGACACCAGAGGCAUGACCAAAAUCAUCCCAGAAUCUCCUGACUUCAAGGUGAGGCUCACGCUGGAGAUCAAAAAAGGUGGAGGUCCGAGCAGCCAGUUUUACCUGAUGGACAUGGGCAGCUGCUGGAAGAACAAUGGCGACCCCUGCGACGGCGAUGUGACGUCCGACGUCACUCGAUACAGCGAGAUGAUCCUGAACCCGAAAACCCAAGCCUGGUGCCGGCCCGACACCCUCUACGAGUGCCCACCAUACCACACCUUCGCCAACGGCACUCGAGUUCACCGGACUGAUACUGCUCGUUUCCCAUACAGCGCCUAUCACGUCUAUUGCUUUCCGGGGAACGCCGAGCACCCGGAGAAUCCAUACCGGUUCUGCGAUCCUUACAGCAAUCCCCAGCCACAGGAGAUACUGCAGAUACUACCUCAUCCCGUAUGGGGGGAGUAUGGGUACCCUACAAAGAAGGGAGAUGGUUGGGUGGGCGAUCCCAGGACUUGGGAGCUUGACGUUGGCAGGAUGUCCCAGGCUCUCUAUUUUUAUCAGGAGCCAGGCACACCUCCAGCAACGAGGAAGUGGACUUCGCUGGAUGUUGGAACAGAGAUCUAUGUCUAUGAUCAUGCAGAGGCUGAGUGGGUUCUGAGCGAUUUUGAUAUAAUUGUUCCUAAAACUGGAAAAGGAGCAUCAUAGGCAUUGCAGCUGCGUCUGAGGUUCUCGAUCCAGUGGCAAUCUGUUCGCACCUAGUCAUUUUAUCUAUUAUUUGAGUUUCAGAGCGAACAUCGCUAUUCAUUUAGACUACUAGACAGUUUUUGUUUGUCGAAGAACAUGCCUAAUAAUGUUGUUAUGGGUUGUCAUGUGUACUAAUACUACACAAGACUGAUGUAAUAGGAAUACAGUGAGCCACAAUGAAAAGAAGGAAAUGACUUCUUUUCACAAGAGUAUCCCGGAGGCUAUUAUAAACGUAGCCCAAAGAUUGUCAUAGUUGAAUCUCAGACUGUUAGUAAAUACUACAGCAUAUAACGUUG